UCGGUGAUGAGAGCCGCAGUGCCGGGGAACUUCACAUUACGUGGAAGGAGGAGGGGAUUGCGGCAGGCACAAGAAAACGAAAUAACUCGGCAGUGAAAUACAUCUCGUUGCAGAGUGUAAGGUCUAAACAUUCAGAGCUACUGCAUCAGAGACCUCACUCAGCCAGGGUGAAACUCUGCCCAGUCUGGCAGCCAAGCGGGGAAGCUGUCACGUGCCAUUGAUACAGGAGCUGGAGUGCAAUCUUAAGGUUGCCAGACUGAGUAGGAGGACUCGGUCUUUGGUUGGCAGGAAUUACAGUAGCACGGAAAGGAAUUCUUCCUAAUGGACAGCUGAGCACAUUGGAACUGCUGAGAUCCUGCAAGCUUGAGGCAGGUUGGGCUGGAAUCAUGUUAAACAAAGCAGUGCUGGUGGAGUCACUGCUGGUGUUCACCGUGGUGCUGUUGGUGCACGCCGUGGUGUGGGACAGGUUCUCCUGGUGCACCGUGGCUUUGGCCAUCCAGGCCUUCUACGUGCAGUUCAAAUGGGACCGGCUGCUGCAGCUGGGGGGGGCCGUGUUCCAGUUCCGGGGGGCAGCCAACAGCGGCCUCCUGCCUGCCAGCAUGGUCAUGCCCCUGCUGGGGGUGGUGAUGAAGGAGAGGUGCAGGGCUGCUGGCAUCGUCUACUUCGAGCGCUUUGGCAUCGUCGUGGCUUCCACGGGAAUGCUGCUCGCUCUCUUCCUGUCCGUCUUAGCAGUUGGCAUCACCAAGCCUGUGCCAACCAACACUUGCAUCCUGACUGGUAUUGCUGGCAGCGUAAUUAUCUACACCAUGAAACAUUCCUUGACUGUCUCAGAAGUGAUAGAGGUUCUAGAAGUGCUGCUCAUUUUUGUCUACCUCAGUAUGAUCUUGCUGUACUUGUUGCCUCGAUGUUUUACUCCCGGAGAAGCGCUGCUGGUUCUUGGAGGUGUAAGUUUUGUUCUCAACCAGCUCAUUAAACGCUCACUGAAUGUAAUCGAGGGCAGAGGGGAUCCCAUUGACUUCUUCCUUCUGGUAGCAGUUGUUGGAGUCAUUCUUCUUGGUCUUUUUUUCACUGUGCUCUUCAUUUUCAUGGAUUCGUGCACGUGGAUCUCCUCUAUGUUUUUCCACAUGAUGACAGCAGUGUUAGGCUUAGGGGUCAUCAUGCCUUGGCUGUACCGACUGAUCCACAGGAACCCUUUGUUCUGGCUGCUCCAGUUUCUGUUUCAGACACAGACAAGACUUUACCUUCUUGUGUAUUGGACUUUUUUGGCUGCCUCAGCAUGUGGUGUGGUUUUCUACCAGAACGCCAAGAGAUCAUCUGAAUCUAAAAAACACCAGGCCUCCACUAUAACCAGGAAAUAUUUCCAUUUCAUUGUUGUAGCUACUUAUGUUCCUGGACUCAUUUAUGACCGCCAGCUCCUCUAUGUUGCUGCAGUGCUGUGUCUGGCAGUGUUUAUCUUCUUAGAGUACGUUCGGUACUUCAGGAUCAAACCUUUUGGACAAACCCUGAGGCAUCUGCUCUCUCUCUUCUUGGAUGAAAGAGACAGUGGACCUCUAAUCUUGACUCAUAUUUAUCUCCUCCUUGGCAUGUCCCUCCCAGUGUGGUUGUUUCCCAGAUCUUGUGCUCCUAAAGGCACCUUGCCCGGGGCAGGAGCCCUGGUCCCCUAUUCUGGGGUGUUAGCAGUAGGGGUAGGAGACACCAUUGCCUCUGUUUUUGGCAGUACAAUGGGGGAAAUCAAAUGGCCAGGAACAAAGAAGACCUUUGAAGGGACAAUGACAGCUAUUUUUGCACAGAUCAUUGCUGUGGCUCUCAUUCUGAUCUUUGACAGCAGUGUGAAUCUGAACUCCAGCUAUGCCUGGAUUCUGGCAUCUGUGAGUUUGGUUUCUCUUUUGGAAGCUUACACUACUCAAAUUGAUAAUCUGCUGUUGCCUCUCUACCUCCAGAUCAUGCUCAUGGCAUAGAAGCACUUCCAGGAACAGUUUUCUCCCUUCCUAGAGAAAGGUACUAGAAAAUGCACUGUAAUAAAAGCUCAGAGCUGAUCUUUUGGUACAGCAGAGAAAAUUGUUGAGAAUAGAAAUGAAAAAGACUUAUUUGAAGUAAAGGUUUUGAUUUGGUCUAGUUUUUACCCCUGUCAAAAAUAGCCGGAUUCAUGUUCUAACAGCAACAAACACGACUGAUAAAAACAGCA